UCAAAAUGAUUGUCAGUGACAUUAUAAUUGUUUGGAAGUUUGCUUUAGUCUCCGCAAUUUUCUGCUUGCUUCUUACCUUUUUUUCCUUGUCUCCUCUUCAAUCUUCAUUCUUCUGUUCUUCUCCUUGGUGACAAACCAAGACUAAUAACACACGCGCAGAGAUCAUAGCUUGUGUUGGUGAGGUGAGAAGAUAAAGAAAUAAUGGCAUUUGCAGGAACAACCCAGAAGUGUAUGGCUUGUGACAAAACUGUUUAUCUGGUUGACAAGUUGACUGCAGAUAACCGAGUGUUCCACAAAGCUUGCUUCAGAUGCCACCACUGCAAAGGAACCCUCAAGCUUAGCAACUACAACUCUUUUGAGGGAGUUCUUUACUGCAGGCCACACUUUGAUCAACUGUUCAAAAGAACUGGGAGCCUUGACAAAAGCUUUGAAGGGACACCAAAAAUUGCCAAGCCAGAGAAAAAUUUGGAGGAGAAACCUGGAGCAGCCAAAGUCUCGAGUAUGUUUGGUGGAACAAGGGAUAAAUGUGCUGGUUGUCAGAAAACAGUGUAUCCCACUGAGAAGGUUACUGUGAAUGGAACACCUUACCAUAAGAGCUGUUUCAAAUGCUGCCAUGGAGGGUGUGUUAUCAGUCCUUCAAAUUACAUAGCACACGAGGGAAAACUCUACUGCAAACACCAUCAUAUCCAAUUGAUCAAGGAGAAGGGAAAUUUAAGUCAACUCGAAGGUGACCAUGAGAAGGGUGAAAAUAAUGGGAAAACCAACGGUGAAGAAGUUGCUGCGGAGGCAUGAUGAAAGAUUCUUGAAUCCCAGGACUUUUGUUUUUUCAAGUUCCAUAUUUGUGCACCAUAUGUUUCUGCGUCUCUCAUCUUUUACCAUUACUUGCAGUCCGGGAAGCUCAUUACCCGUGACAAAUAUGGUAUUCAAUUUUCGUUAGUUGAAGUGUGCGAAUCUUUAUCAUAUGUUUUUGGUUGUUGUGAGCGUUUGAUUCAGAAUAUGAUUCAGAAGUACAUGUUACUGCACUUCUUGAAACUCUCAUGCACUUCCAAUUGAUAUUGAUAUUAUAUACAUAAGUUACAAUACACAAA